CAGAAGAUGAAGCUUAACCACGAGCCUUCCACCGCCUCUGCCCUGUCGGACUCCAACCCCAUGGACAAGCUCCUUGCCAAGCUUUCCGAGCAGCAGGCUGUGCUUAACAAGCAAAACGAGGCUUUCAAGUCGUCCGAGGAUGGAGGUGUCUAUCGUGCCGCAGCCAUGGAGCACAAUUCAUCUAGUGCCUCGAUGCCUAUCACGCCGGCAACCGAGACUUUCGGUACUACUGCCCCGACCACUCGCCCUGCCAGUGCCGCAGUCAACGAUGGCCAAGUCAGCAAUGACGAAGUUCUUCGUCUGAAGCUGGAACUGGCUCAAGCCCAGAACAAGAUCUCUCGUCUGGAGGAGAUGUCCCAGACCCACCAGCCUAAGAGCGAGUUCGAGGUCGGAUAUCAGUCUGACCAGGGUCCACCUAGAAUUCCUGGUUUGUUCAAUGGUGGGAGUCGUUCUGCACCCCGAGACCCAGGCAAUAAUUGGUAUGAUGACUCUCGUUCCGACACUAGCGAGGCGUUGUCAGCAUCAGGAUUCAACCGCGCUCGAAACAUUUGGGACAACGGAAAGGGACCUCAGACCUCCUUCCCUCCGGCUGGCCUUCCUGCGCCGGAUGUUCCUCAAGGUCCAACCUCUUGGGGAGGCCGCGGUAGGUAUGCGGAUCCCAGCAUCCCUUACGCUGCCUCGGAUGGCUACAAGAGUGAGCGUCUGACUCCAGAUUACGACAUGACGAUUCGAGCACCCAACCGACGAGGUGGUCGGUACAACAACGACAGCAGAUACGGUCAUCCCGCUUUUGGUCACCAUCCUCCAUACAGUGGAGGCUACAACAACUACAAUCCAGUCCAGUUUGAUGGAGGUAAUGGCAGCUUGGCGGCACCCGGCCACUAUUCAAUGGGAAUGGGACCAUACUCCUCCCACCAGCCGUCUCCGAUCGGAACUCCUCUGUCACCCCUGGCAAGCGAGUUCACCUCGACUUCGGGAAGCGGUCCAUGGAAGAAUGAGGUAAGUUACUGGCACAUGUCGGGCGAGGGUCAGACAUAUCUACCCACCACCGAGCCUCUGAACUACCGUCGUUUGUUGGACCGCAAUGUCAACUGCAACUGGAAGUACAUCGUCGACAAGAUCGUCUGCAACAAUGACCAGCAAGCAUCGAUCUUUCUUCAACAGAAGCUCAAGGUUGGUACACCAGACCAAAAGUACGAGAUUGUGGAGGCCAUUGUCCUGCAAGCGCAUCCCUUGAUGGUCAAUCGAUUCGGCAACUUCUUGGUUCAGCGAUGCUUCGAGCACGGAACCCCUGAGCAGGUCAUCAAGAUUGCUAAGGCCAUUCGAGGUAACACUCUCAGCCUAUCUAUGGACCCUUUCGGAUGCCAUGUGGUCCAGAAGGCAUUCGACUCUGUGCCUGAGGACUACAAGGCCAUCAUGGUCCACGAACUUCUGCGACGUAUUCCGGAGACGGUUAUUCAUCGUUACGCUUGCCACGUCUGGCAGAAGCUGUUUGAGCUGCGAUGGACCGAGUCCCCGCCGCAAAUCAUGAAGUACGUGAACGAGGCUCUGCGUGGCAUGUGGCACGAAGUUGCGCUCGGCGAAACCGGCAGCUUGGUUGUCCAGAACAUUUUCGAGAACUGUCUCGAGGAGGACAAGAGACCUUGUAUCGAGGAAGUGCUUGCCAACAUCGACAUCGUCGCCCAUGGCCAAUUCGGCAACUGGUGCAUUCAGCAUGUCUGCGAGCACGGCGCCCCUGCGGAUCGAAGCCGAGCCAUUGACCACGUCAUUCGCUUUGCGGCGGAGUACAGUAUGGAUCAGUACGCCUCCAAGGUAGUUAAGAAAUGCCUCAAGAUUGGAGGUGGCGAGUUCCUGGGCCGCUACCUCGACCGUGUCUGCGAAGGUCGCAUGGACCGUCCGAGAAUCCCUCUCAUCAACAUUGCCAGCGAUCAAUACGGCAAUUAUUUGAUCCAGUGGAUCUUGAACAAUGCCAACCCGCAGCACCGGGAGGUCGUUGCGGCACACAUUCGCAAGCACACGGUCUCGCUUCGUGGUUCCAAGUUUGGAUCCAAGGUUGGGCUGCUUUGCACUAACCCCGCCGUCGCCACUCGACCUGGUCCUGCAAUCGGUACCCACAUGGGACGCCUUCCUGCCGGUCCUCGUUACGGCCGUUCCUACCAGUAG